UUAUUUAAAUUGUCUUAUAAAAACACCAAAACUUUUGACACACUCACACUACUACACUCAAAACCCAACUUCUUCCUUUUCUUUAUAUUUUUUCUUCAAUUUUCUUGCUACCAUUUCUUGCUAAAAAAAGAAAAAAAAUGAAUUUUGAUUCAUCAGAAUGUAGUAGUGGAUGUGAGUCAGGCUGGACACUUUAUUUAGAGCAAUCUUUUCUUUCUCCAAGUGCAGCUGCAAAUAAUGCAAGAUCAAGAGGCCAUAAAAAAAACAAUGGCAAGCAAAUUUACCAAGAAAAUAAUACUCAAGAAAAUCAAGAACAAGAUCAAGAAAAUAUUGUUGAAGAAGAAGAUGAAGAUUUAUCAAUGGUGUCUGAUGCAUCUUCAGGACCUCCACAUUUUAAUGAAGAUGAGAGCUAUUUUAAUUAUGAUAAUGGACAUUUUUAUCCUGCAUUUAAAGAUUCUUCUGCUUCAUUAUUGAUCAACCAUGGUGGUAAUAUUGGUAAUAAUAAUAAAAGAAGCUCAAAAACAGGAAAAGAAUUACCUAAUUCUAAUUCUUUUCUUGAUGAUACUGCUAGCUCUCCUGCAUUUAACUUAUCCAAGACUAGCUUUGGUAUUGCCAAUAAUAAUCAAGCUUCAAUGGAGAGUAUGUUAGACUAUUCACAAGGUUUUCUGCUACUCAUUUUCAGGGGAGAUCUGCAUAUCAAGAUCAUUUUGGUUAUGUACAGCCUUCUGUAUCUGGAAACAAAUUUAAUAACCAAUGGUUUUAAGGGAAUUAGAGCAUGAAGAUAUGUGCAUCAACUUGUUGCUCAAAAACAAAAAUGGUGUCAACUUUUCAACAAAAAGAAAAAAAGAAAUUGAAGGAUUAUCUCAUAAAAGAUGUUGUUUUUUCUUUUGUUUUCUUUUAAAUUUUCUUUUUUCCUUGUCAAUGCAAUGGGAAGCAACUUGAGAGCAAAAGAUGAAAAUAAAUUUCUUUUUCUCAAAAAUUUAUUUUGUCUUGUUAAGUUGGUAAUUUUUGUGUGUACAAAUGGGCUAUAUGUGUUUGUUUUUUCAAUAGAGCCCCAUUCUUUUCUUUUA